AUGGCAUGUACGCAAGAUAACUUUCCUGCAGAAGGCUGCGAGGACGAGCUAGGCAUAACCAUCGAGUACCGGGGAAACAAGUACACAAGAUUUUUUUCUUUCCCAGCUCCAGAAGGCAUUACUCAAUCGAAGUACUCCGGUGACUAUUAUGAUUCGUACACUAGCUGCAAGGAUAUGGCGCUGGAUCCUUCUGGUGCUCUGUGGAGACAAUUUGUUUCACAGUCGUACCGUCAGCUGAUCAUUCAACCAAACUAUACGAAAGCGUGUGAAAUCUUCGGUCCAUCCGCGGACUUCUGUGACAACCAUGAGGAUAGGCUUCAUACCUGCUUCCUCGGUUGCCGGCGGCCAGAGGACACGGCGGCGAAGGGGUAUACCAUGGACAAUCGCCCGCCUUGCAUAUCAGGCAAAGAAACGAAGCCGCCACUGCUUUGCAUUUAUCCGGAAGAUAUCGCAAACUUCACAUUUUUCGACAAGAUGAUUGGUUCCACAUGCAUUUACUCGCAUUCGAUUAGUGGGAACGAUGAUCCUUCCGGCAGCGCUUCCGACGUCUCAGAGCCGAUUUGGUGUUUCGGGGCUCUCCAGCUUUUCGGAGCGAUCGUGGCAGCAAAUUUCCUGCAGCUAGUCUUCGAGAUCCUUCUCCUUCGAGUCCUGGACAUGGCCAAUGAAUUUAUCGAGCAGUCCCUUGUUCUCCGGAGUCGAAAAUGUCUCUACAUAUUCAUAAUGUCCGCCAUCUUGGGUGCCGCAGCGUUCGCAUGUCUCGGAGCAGUGACGAUCGUCGGACGAGUCAGACUCGAUACUGCCUUAAUCAUAUCUUUCUUCCUCACCCUCGCUGUCGACCAAGUCAGGUUUUUCCUUGUUCAGCCUAUCAUUUGGUGGGUUAUCUUGCGCCGAUGCGGCAAACUAUCACCUGUCGGAGUGCAAGAGUAUGAUGACGACUACCUCACGCUGUUCCAGACAGAAACAUCUUUGGUCGACACAGGAAGGAAGCUGAUCGGCGAGUUGAUGUCCACAAUUGUUUUUCAACGUGUUUUCCUCAGUUUGCUUCUAGCUUACACCGCUUUCCUCCUGGUCGAAUUCCUUCUUCUGAACAACGUGCCAGAUUAUAAUCUCAUCGCCGUUCCCAAUAUAGACCAAGUAAGUCUUUAA